UGAGAGUGGCACUAGCUGCCUUUAUCGGGUUUUGUUCCUCUGGAAAGGGAUGGGCAGAGAUCAUUCCCUCCGCCCCAGCCUGUUGCCUGUGAAUUCUCACCUUUCUCUUUAGGCUGGAGAGGGUGGGAGAGAGAUUUGACAUCUUCCAGGGGGUAAUUUAAAAAUAUGAAUCUUGAUUUGGAAGCAGUUGCACACAAAGCAUCAUUCAGGAAAUACAUCACUCGCUUUUCAAAGCUUUAUGCCACGUUUUAAACAAGGACUUUUGACUCAUGUAGUGUUUCUUCUAGUAUUUCAGUUUACGUUAAGUUUAUGAAUCCAGACGUUCGUUUGUACGAGGAGCUAAAGUACACUUAUGCAUGGGCUUUGCUGUGUAUAUUAUGCUUUUUAAAAUCACAGAAAUCAGAAACAAAGUUGAGUGAAAAGCGGUGGCGGUGCAGGAGGAGGAACACUUGUGAGCUCCAGCUUAUUGGAACUGCCUUUAAGAAUUUCACAUUCUUGCGGCAAUAGUACUUACUUGUAAAUUGGCCUUCUUCCCAGGACAGGUUUUGAUAUUUCUUUUGCAUGUACUUCGAUGCAGCACUAAUGAAGUUGGAUCUCAGUAGAUCAAUUUUAUUUACUUUGCUAGAUUUGAUUCCCACCCCCACACCUCUUUAGAAAAUGGACUUUGGCAGGUAAAGAAGGAAGCGGGAAUCUGGUAUCCUUUUUGGCUUGUCAAAGCUUUGUUGAGCCAUGAAUAACAAAGUUUUGGCUUUUUAGCUUGUCCAAGUCCCACAUGUGAGUUUUCCCAUGGGGUAAAAGUAGGCCAAAUGAGAACCAAAGUAGAAUAACAUCACUUUUAAUUCGGCCCACUUGUGUGUUACAUUCUCCAUAUAUCUUGUUUCUCUCAUCAACUUUGAAAUUUUUUCAUUAUUCAUUUAGCCACUGAUAAAGUACCUACUGCAUGCCAGCCAUUGAUGGCGGGGGUUGCUUCUUGCCCAGUUUUCUCAUUUGGAAACUGAUCCAUGCCUUUAUCCCACUAGUUACCCUGAAGUAAUUUGAACUUAGGGAGCAUUUCUGCCUGGAGACCUGUAAGAAUAGGUGUUACGUAGGCACUUAGUCUUCAGAUUGGUUUGGGAUUUCGUACAUUGUAGGCACGUAGCACGCAGGCCACUUAAAAAUAAAUGUAUGUGUCUUUGGGCUGUUGUAUUACGAGCUUUGCAUAUGGGCUUGUCUGGCCGAAGGACCCAGUGUCCGAGGUGGAGGUAGUAGUCAGGGACAUGUAUUAUUCAUUUCAGAACACUUGGCACCUUUUCUUGCUUACAUUGGGCACUAAAAUAUUUACUGAAUUGACUUGAACAGAAAAAUGAAGGAUUUUUUAUACCAGAUUAAGAAAUUUGGACUUUAUCCAGUCAGUGAUACUGAGCUGCUAAUUUUAAGCAGGAGAAUGUCAUGAUAACGGGUAAGCAUUCCAGAAAGAUAUCUGCAGCGUCUGGAGGAUGGUGGGCUUCCAGAUGGGCGAUAUGGAGACUAAGUUGGAGGCUGUUCUAAUGGAGGGGAUAAGUGCUCAGGGAUUCUCUAUUCAGAUUACCUGGGGUGGAAUCAGGCUCUGUCAUACACUGAAACCUCUUUGUUCCUUAGGUUUGUCAUCUCAGAGUUUGGGGGAUAGAACUUGAAAAAACAUGUCUAUUACUUAGAAUAGUGAUUGCCAGAUAGUAAGGACUUAGUAAAUGCUAGUGUGCUGGCAGUGGAAGGAGAAAUGACGUGGUGUUUAAGAGGUAUGACUAGGAGGCUGGACUAGAUAAGUGACUGGUUAGGCUUAAGGAGGGAAGGAUGAAUCCUGGGUUGUUUGACUUCAGGCAUUGAUUGACAUGUACUGGGUAAGCUGGCUGUGAAAUUAAAACGGGUCAAAUUCUAAUUCUAUUACUUACCCUUGGAAUAACUAUCCUGACAGAACUUUGAUUUCCUAACAUUUAGGAAAUGAUCGUCGUACCUGUUGAGUAGGGUUUGAGGAAUUAUGCAUGUAAUGCCUUUGGCAGGGUACCUAGCACAUUCCAAGUGCUCAGUAAAUAUUAGUUGUUCCUUUAGAUGAUGACAUUAAUGAGCUAGUGGAAUGUUGGAGGAUAUGAGAAGGAGCAGUUAAAAACAAUUGAUGGUAGAGGUGUAGAAGGGAAGAUAAGUUCAGUUUUGGACUAAUCUAAGGAUGCUAAAUGGAUGGUUGAGAGAUCCAUGAUGCAGUUGUUGGAUAGUUGUGUCUCACAGGAGCUAGGAAAGAAUAGAAAAGAAAAAGAGUUCACAGAAAGGCUUUAUGGGUAUGGUAAGCUUUAUGAGAGAUUUAGAGGAAAGGGAGGGUGAAGGGGUUCACAGUGGAGCGAUAUCAGAAGUGUUGACAUUGAAUAUUAGGCAUUUCUAUCCUUAAAAUAUAUUUUGGCCACCAUCAAAGAAAGGAGGACUCCAGGCUCUUGUAAUCUGGUUGGCUCUUUGGCCUUCUUCCCCUCUUCUUUCUUUCCUUUACAAUUGCCACCCGAUAUCUUUAAAUUGUAUUAUGAGGAACUAUUUAACUUUCCUUCCUGCUUACAGGGCUAGAGUUCACAGGCCCACCUUCCUCUAUCCAAAUGCAUCUAGGUUUUUAAAAAAGAAUCACAGGUCUCAUUUCAUAGGUUCUCCUCUAUUUAGGAAGCAGUGUUGUUUGAAAAAGUAAUAUAUAUGUAUCUUGCAUGUAGAAUUAGAAGACUGGGGCAGGCCUACCUAAAUUGACCCUGUAGGAGGGCCAGAGAGUCUUACAAAACACAUCCCUUUUAGCUUUCCUGGCGUCUGUUUCUUUUCCUCAGAAAAUACAAAGCAGUAGGAAAAUCUGUGGUUAAUAAGUUAUUUUGUUUGGUUGGAUUCAGAAAAGGUGGCUAUUUUGUGUAUUAGCCUUCUAAGAAGUUAUUAAGAGGAAUUUUUUGGCCAGGUGCAGUGACUCACGCUUGUAAUUCUAGCACUUUGGGAGGCUGAGGCGGGCGAUCACGAGGUCAGGAGUUCAAGACCAGCCUGGCCAACACAGUGAAACCCUGUCUCUACUAAAAAUACGAAAAUUAGCUGGGCGUGGUGGCAGGUGCCUGUAAUCCCAGCUACUCAGGAGGCUGAGGCAGGAGAAAUCGCUUGAACCCAGGAGCUAGAGGUUGCAGUGAGCUGAGAUUGCACCACUGUGCUCCAGCCUGGGUGACAGAUCUAGACUCCGUCUCAAAAAAGGAAUUUUUUAACAAGCAAGUGCUCAUGACAUUACAAUAAUAAAUUGUCCUCUAGUUAGUAUGCUUUUAAAGAAGCAGGUGUGGUAGGUUCUAUCCUUUAGAAUGUAUGCUUCCUAGAGCUGGGAUCCUAUCUAUUUUGCUAACUGCAGAAUCCGUAAGUACUUAAACAAAUAUUAAUGUAUUGUAAACCAAAAAUAAAAUUCUAAGCUUUCCCCUCUCCCCAGCCAUCUGAAUGGACUUCCUCCUCAUCCAGAGGUCUUUUAAAAUUUAACCUGAGAGACAGUUUCAGGCCAUGAUUGGGAAGUGGAGGUCGGACAUGACUUGUUAUACCUCUCUGACAUUAACAUUAACAUAGACUUUAAGUCCGAUAAGAAACGUUUUACUACCACCUACCUGAAGGCUUCCUCUGAAAGUAAGAACUUGGGUCUCCACAAUCCUUUGUCUUAACCCAGACAUUCCUUUCUGUUGAUCCCAGGGCUUUAGACAAACUCAACCGACUGUCAACCAGAAAAUGUUUAAAUUUACCUAUGGCUUGGAAUGGCACUCCCCGCUACCCCCCCAACCCCCCACCCCAUCCCCGACCCCCUGCAAUUGUCCCACCUUUCUGGACCAAACCAAUGUAUUUCUUAAAAUUUUUUGAUUGAUGUCUCAUGCCUCCCUAAAAUGUAUAAAACCAAGCUGCACCCCUACCAUCUUGGGCACAUGUUCUUAGGACCUCCUGAAGGCUGUGUCAUGGGCCAUGGUCACUCAGGUUUGGCUCACGAUAAAUCUCUUCAAAUAUGUUGCAGAGUUUGACUCUUUUUGUUGACAGCAUGCAUUAAUGAACAAAUUGGAUCCAAAUUGGCUUUGAUCUGGCUUGGCUCACAGACUUCUCCAAAUCUUUGAAACAGUCAUUGGUCAGAGGGAAAGCAAAAGAGAAUUGAUCCAGUGAGGAAGCUUGAACUGUUUCCUGUUCUUAUAGGAAUAUAGAAGAACUGCAACAUUGAUGGCUUAUGAUUAAACUAUUUUAUAGAGAUAAAGCUUUGUUCAGAGGUAAACUGACAAUAGCCGCAUCAUAAAUUUGUCCUCUGUUGGUUAUUUGCAAAGCACCGGGGCAGAGCCUCUGAAGUCUCGAUAAAGAUAGCUGGAGAGAUAGGAACAGAACUGUUGUGGAGGAUAGGAUGCAAGCAUAGCUUAUACGUUUAAUCUUUCCAGCCUGGAGAUUUAUGAAUGAUAAUUUUGACAGUCAUUUUCCCUCAGUGGAGAAAUUAUGCAGGGAAAAAUUAUUUUUUCUUAAAAAAUCAGGCUGAGCAGGAGAAAUGAGGAAUAGAAACAAAUGCAGAAAAUAGGCAAUAGACAAGUAACAUACCAUAAAACAAUCAUUGUGUGUCUGCUUUAAAAGCAUACCACCUUCAUAUGUAAAACAAAUGAGGGUUUAAUUUUUUCUUUCUUGAAGAGUAAUCUUAGAAUUAUUUUAAAUAACAGAUUGCUCUAAAGUAUGUAAUAGGGCCCGGUGUAAAAAGUGUUGAUAGCCAAGUUUCGAGGACCUAUAUCUUAUGUGUAAAAUAAGAUGUAUUUGGCUGUAUUAAAGCUUCUGUGAUGUUGUGAAAUAUAUAUAUGGUCUUUAUCCCUGUUUCCUGGCAUACAACUCUCAAAUUCCUUGGAAUCUGCAAAGCGCUAAGUGUCUUUGUAUGCUGAUGAGUUGACUGAACAGCUGGCAGCCCCUAGGUAGCUUCAGGAUGGGCCCUGGGCACUGGAAAGGCUGGAUUAAAGGGUUAGGACUGUCAGCCCCACCACCACCCUCCAGGGAGGGCAGAGGAGCUGAAGGGUAAGCUGAUCACCAAUGGCCAAUGAUUUAACCAACCAUACCUAUGUUAUGAAGUCUUCAUAAAAGGCCCAAGAGGACAGGGUUCAGAGAGCUUCUGGACAGCUGAUCACAUGGAGGUUCCUGGAGGGUAACACGCCCCAGGGAGGGCAUGGACGCUCCGCACCCCUUCCCCGUACCUCGCCCUGUGCAUCUCUUCAUCUAUAUCCUUUGUAAUAUCUUUUAUAAUAAACUGGUAAACUUAAGUAAGUGUAUCCCUGAGUUCUGUGAGCUGCUCUGGCAAGUUAAUUGAACCCAAAGAGGGGUUAUGGGAACCCCAAAUUGAGGCCAGUCAGUUAGAAUUUUCUGAGGCCUGCACUUGCGACUGGUGUCUGGUGGAGAGGGGAGCGGUCUUGGAGACUGAGCCCUCAGCUUUGGGAUCUGAGGUUAUCUCCAGGUCAGAAUUGAAUUGAACUAGAGGACACCCAGCUGGUGUCCACUGCUUUGUGUAUUGGGGUGUGGGGGGGAACCCACAUUUGGACAUAGAAGUAUUCUGUGUUGAUGACUGUUGUGUUGAAUAAGAGAAUAGAAAAAAACACUCCUGAGUGUGUUUUUAUUUCCUCUCAGUUUCCAAGGCUCUGUUGUCUAUUACUUUGUUUUAUAGAUAAAAGUAAGGUAAGUCUGGGAAAUAUUUAUACCUGCCACCCCCUUCCCCGUUGGGAUUUCGGCUGCUAAUCUUAAAGACUUAAUCGUUUAUGAGAACCCUUAUCAUUUAGACAAAUAAAUAAUUACUGAACCCAUAAAUUGGAGACCUUUACUUAAAUCUUAUUUCAGUUUUGUGACUUUUUCUUCUUUAGCUGCCCAAUGGGUUCUUCCUGCCUACUGCCCAGAUAGAGCCAAUUUAUCAAGGCAGGGGAAUUGCAAUAGAGAAAGAGUUUUUACACACAUAGAUCUUGCUGAACAGAAGACUGGAAUUUUAUUAUUACCCAGAUCAGCCUACCUGAGCAUUUGGGGGCUAUUUUCAAAGGUAGUCUGGGGGAAGGGGUGGGAGUGGCUAGGCAAUGGGUGCUUGCUGCUGAUUGGUUGGGGGCACAAUCAUAGGGGUGUGGGAAAUGGUACUCCUAUGCUCUGAGUGGCUUCUGGGUGAGGCCACAGGAGUGGUCAGUGGGUCCAACCAAAAAACCUGAACAGAUAUCUCAAAAGGCCAAUCUUAGUUUCUCCAGUAGUGAUGUUAUCUGAGGGAGUAAUUGGGCAAGUUGCAUAUCCUGUGACCUCUGGAAUAGUGGCUGGCAAUUGUUUAUGUCUAUACCUUAGCUGAAUUCAGGUUCCUCUGUUGCCUAGCUUCGUGGUCCCUCAUUAGCUUUACAAAGGUGGUUGAAUUUUGGGGAAGAGCGGUUACCAUUUAAACUAUAAACUAAAUUUCUCCCAAAAUUAGCUUGGUUUAAGCCCAGGAAUAAUUAAGGGCAGCUUGAAAGCUAAAGGCAAGAAGAGAAUUGGCUAAGAUCUCCCCACUGCUAUGUUUUCACUGAUAUAAUUUUUGCAAAGGCAGUUUUACUUCUAUCUGAUUUUUAACAUUUGAACUUUGACUUUCAGUUUAGUUGUAUUUAACAAGUACCUAAGAAGUGCUGGGCUUGGGUGGCACACAAAAGAUUGUCUCUGCCCUUGUAGUAUUUAAAAUCUUAAAAGACAUUCAUUCGAGUAGUUAAUCAUUUGCAGCCGGGUGACCUUUGCUUAGCCUGUAUUUUUAUUUUUUUAUUUUUAUUUUUUUGAGACUGCGUCUCGCUCUGUCACCCAGGCUGGAGUGCAGUGGCGCAAUCUCGGCUCACGGCAACCUCUACCUCCCAGGUUCAAGUGAUUCUCCUGCCUCAGCCUCCCCAAUAGCUGGGAUUACAAGCACCUGCCACCACACCCAGAUAAUUUUUGUAUUUUUAGUAGAGAUGGUGUUUCAUCAUGUUGGCCUGGUGUCGAACUCCUUACCUCAGGUGAUUUGCAUGUCUUGGCCUCCCAGAGUGCUGGGAUUACAGGCAUGAGCCACCACGCCCGGCCUGCUUCCACUGUGUCUGAACAUUCAUUUGGCAUCUUGUCGUUUCCCUAAAUUUUCCAUGUUAGAAAUCUUAAAACUUACAUAUCCUGUAGUUGGACCUCCGUCUCUUCUCGUAUCUUUGCAGCUCUCUCAAUACCCACACUUUCUAUUAGAGUGCCCCCUCCCCCUCACAGCAACAGUGUGCCAGUCCUUCUGUUCCACCUCACCCUCCCCUCCCUGCUGCAGGGACACCUUUUGGCCUUGCAGAGCGUCUCUAUCCAGUUUGGAAGCCCAUGGUUAAACACCUGGAAUAUGCUUCCCACUGGCACCUUUGCCUCCCUUGGACUUGUCUUUUGUGUUGUACCUGCCAGAUAACGCCCCUGUUCAGAUUAACUCUGCUUCUGUCUCCACAUUGCUUUGGUAUCACCAAUUAAAUGGCUGGUCCUCAAUGCAGGGAAAUGUCCCUCAACCCCCUACCCCCAUACCCUUCAGUCAAUUUGUAAACGUUUGUUUAGCUCCUACUGAGUGCUCUGACACUGAGCCAAGGAUGCUGUGGUAUCCUCAUGGAGUUUACAAUCUAGAGGCGAUUCAAGAUAAUAUUCUGCAUAUAUUGGGUUAAAUAAAAUAUUAAAAAUAAUUCGACCAGGCAUGGUGGCUCACUUUGGGUGGCCAAGGCAGCAGAAUCACUCGAGCUUAGGAUUUUGAGCCUAGCCUGGGCAACAUGGCGAAACCUGUCUCUAUAAAAAAUUAGCUGGGUGUGGUGUCAUAUGCCUGUGACCCCAGCUACUGGGGAGGCUAAGGUGGGAGGAUCACCUGAGCCCAGGAGGUUGAGGCUGCAGUGAGCUGUGAUUGUGCCACUGCACUCCAGCCUGGGCAACAAGAGUGAGACUCUGUCUCAAAAUGAUAAUAAUUCAUUCACUUGUUUCUUUUCAUUUUUUAAACAUAGCUACUGGUACGUUUGAAAUGACACAUGUGGCUCAAGUGAUCUUUCUGUUGGAUGAUGCUGGCAUAGGGUGUUUGGGUUAUGAGAAGGGAAACUGCCCUAGUCUCUGCAAAGUGGGGUAUCACUGAAGACUUCCUGAAGAAGUUGUCCUUAAACAGAUAUCUGGCUGAGUAGGUGUUACACAGGUAAACCCUCAGAGGAGGCAGUCAGAGGUGGAUGGCACUUUGAGGGAGGGGGAGGAGGUGGAUGAGAGAGAGCUGGGACCAUGGCAGGGGCUGAGGCCAGGGAGGUAGGCCAUGGCCUGAUCAUAUGGGUCUUGUUAGCCCCAAUGAGGGUUUUGUUCUUCAUCACUCGUGAUUUAUUCCAAAACCUCAUCAUUACAAACCCUUUUAUCCAACUCCACCUCUUCUAUAUAGUCUGCAGAUAAUCUGGUUAUUUCAUGGAGGAAAUGAGAUGAUCUGCUGUGAUUUCUCUAGGACUUUUCUGUCUCUCCCUUUCCGAACUUUACCUACUUAAGUCUCAGAUCUGUUUUUCCAAAUGUGCCUGUUAUCUCUUCAAGUCUCCUUCAGGAGCGGCUUUAUCAAUUAACUCCCUUCUUUUCUAUGUUUAAUCUCUUUCUCCCUGCUUUCUUUUUCACACCAGCCUAUAAAUAUGCUCCAAUCUUUAACCUUGUAAAACAAACACAGUUCCAUUGACCCCACAUUCUUCUCUAAUUAUUGUUCUUAAAGCAUAACAUUUUUAAAAUUCCAUAUUUUAAAGCAGUGUGUUCAAAAUAUAUGUCAUCAAUAUGAAAUUGUAAAUGUGAUUUGACAUUCUUUUUUCCCAUAUUAAGUACUGAAAUCUAGUGAAAUGGUUUGCACUUAGACAGUAUAUCUCAGUUUGGAUGCUGAAUUUUCAGUGGUUGAAGUAAAAUAAAUUUUACCAAAAUUAUGAAUAUUUAACAGAAUAAUAUUUUACAUUGCUUCAGCUUUUUAUUGUGGCAACCACAUAAAAUUUACUAUCAUAACCAUUUUUAAGUGUACACUGUUAAAUAUAUUCACAUUACAGUGCAACGGAUCUCCAAAACUUUUUCAUCUUAUGAAACUGAAGCUCUGUACCCAUUAAACAACUUCCCAUUUCCUCCUCUCCCCAGUCCCUGGUAACCACUCUUCUACUUUUUAGAAUUUGAGUACUUUAGAUACCGCAUGUAAAUGAAAUCAUACAAUAUAUGUCUUUUUUUGUGUGACUUGCUUAUUUCACUUAGGAUGAUGACCUCAAGGUUCAUCCAUGUUGUAGCAUGUGACAGAAUUUCCUUCCUUUGUAAAGCUGAAUAAUAUUCCAUUGUAUACAUAUACCACAUUUUGUUUAUCUGUCGGUAGACAUUUGGGUUCCUUCUACCUCUUGGCUAUUGCUCAUAGUGCUGCCAUAAGCAUGAGUGUGCAGAUGUCUCUUUGAGACCCUGCUUUGAAUUCUUUUGGAUGUAUACCCAGAAGUGGGAUUAUUAGAUCAUAUGGUAGUCGAACUUUUUGAGGAACCUCCAUACGGUUUUUCAUUGCGGUUGCACUUGUUUUACAAUCUCACUGUCAGUGCAGAAGGAUUCCAGUUUCUCUACAUGCUCUAUGUUCUCACCAACACUUGUUCUUUUCUGUUUUAAUAGUAGCCAUAUUAAUGGGUAUGAGGUGAUAUCUCGUGGUUUUGAUUUGCAUUUUCCUGGGAUUAGUGAUGCUGAACUUCUUAUGUGCUUGUUGGCCAUUUCUGUAUCGUUUUUGGAGAAAUGUCUGUUCACAUCCUUGGCCUGUUUUUUUUGUUCUUAUUGUUGAGAUGUAGGAGUACCUCACAUAUUCUGGAUAUUAACCCCUUAUCAGAUACGAUUUGCAAAUAUUUUCUCCUUUUCAUUCUGUUGAUGUGUCCUUUGAUGUGCAAAAGUUUUUAAUUUUAAUGUAGUCCCAUUUGUCUAUUUGCCUGUGCUUUUAGUGUCAUAUCCAAGAAAUCCUUGCCAAAUCCAGUGUCAUGAAGCGUUUCCAGUAUGUUUUCUUCUAGGAGUUUUAUAGUUUCAAGUUUUACAUUUAGGUUUUUAGUCCAUUUUGAGGCAAUUUUUGAAUAUGGUGUAAGAUAAGGAAGGGUCCAAACAAAAUAUUUUGAGCAUAUUGCUGAGACCCUGCUUAUAGCAAAGAGAGAGAAAGGUCUGAAAUACAUGGAAUAGUUUUAAGUUGGGAGAAUUGAUGUCGCUUAUUGGGCUAGAAUACAGUUUUCAGCUGCUUCAUAGUAUAUUCUAGUGUGAAUUUCUCUGUUGUUUUUAUUUCUUAUAGUUGCAAGAUACCAAUUUGGAAACAGUCAAUAGUCUGGGUUUAGCUGAAGCUGAAAUAUAAAAUUGGUAGGGAGAGGCCAGGUAUCACAGUGCAUGUGGUUGUAUCCUGUGCCUCUGCUACUAAAUAUGUCAAGCAUUUGAUCAGCAGUAGCAGUGCAUGACCUUUUAAGACCACUAUGCGAAGGCUAUUUAAUAGAUUUCAAGUGUCCAUAGCAAUUAGUUCCCACAUGAAAUAUUUAUUAAUCUCAUGGAUUUCUCAGUUUCAGGCUUUGUGCUUUUAUUAUAGAUGAGAUGUAUUAAUUGAUACUUCAAUAGACUAAUUUUAGAUUUUGCUAAAAAUAGACAUAAUUCUAUUUUGGGACACUGACCUAUUCUUUUUCCGGUAUAUGUAGUACAUUUAUUAGCACAUUUGAAUUUCUUUUCUGUUUUUAAUGGAGUAUGAUAACAUUAAGAAACCAUUCAGGAUUUAUUUUGAGAGUCUGGAUUUUUUUCAAUGGUAUAGUACCUAUUUUUUGAAAAGAUUAAAAACUUUUAAUGAAUCCCUUUUGCAGAAUGUAGAAGGAUGGUAAAAUCUUGAGUACUGUUAUUAAACAUCAGUCAACUUUCAACUAAUUUAUGUUGUAUUAACUUUUUUCCUAUAAAAUGAUUACCUGUAACACAGUUGCUCUGCAUGAUUUUAGUCUUUCUAAAUGUGAUAGUGACUAUAUUUUCUCUUUCUACAGUUUGGGUUCACCUGAAAGUUGGUGCUGGAGGAAAGCAAACCAUUAUGUAGUUCUUAAGUUGUUUAUUUAUAAUAUAACUUUCUUUGUCUUCAAAAAGAAUCACUCUGGGCCAGGCGCAGUGGCUCACGCCUGUAAACCCAGCACGUUGGGAAGCCAAAGCAGGCAGAUCACCUGAGGUCAGGAGUUCGAGACCAGCCUGGCCAACAUAUAAUGAAACUCUGUCUCUACUAGAAAAUACAAAAAUUAGGUGGGCAUGGUGAUGCACGCCUGUAGUUCCAGCUACUUGGGAAGCUGAGGCAGGAGAACUGCUUGAAUCCGGGAGGCGGAGAUUGCAGUGAGCCAAGAUCGUGCCACUCUACUCCAGCCUGGGCAACAGAGCGAGACUCCAUCUCUUAAAAAAAAAAAAAAAUCACUGUUGGUUAUUUGAACCUUUUGAAAAGAAAAUGAUUCUGUUAAUGAAAAACAGGCCAGGCGCAGUGGCUUAUGCCUGUAAUCCCAGAACUUUGGGAGGCUGAGGCAGGUGAAUUACAUGAGGCCAGGAGUUCAAGACAAGCCUGGUCAAAAUGGCAAAACCCCGUCACAAAAAUUAGCUGGGCAUGGUGGUGGUACACAUCUAUAGUCCCAGCUACUCUGGAGGCUGAGGCAAGAGAAUCGCUUGAACCUGGGAGGCAGAGGUUGCAGUGAGCCAAGAUCGUACCACUGCACUCCAGCCUGGGUGACAGAGCAAGACUUUGGCCCCCCACCAAAACAAAACAAAACAAAACAAAACAAAAAACUCAAAGAAAUUGCUCUCUGAGUACACUAGGAUUUAUGGAAGGAUAUCUUUCUGGACAAUAAAGCUUAAUAUUCUUAAAAGUAAUACUUUAAAUUUAAUUUAAAAUUUAGCAAUAUCUCAAUUUUAAAGAAUGUUUUUCUGUUUGGUUACUCUUGGGGAUUAAGCAGCACAUCUGUUUGAUUUACCUUAUUGUAUACAUUAUAAACUACAUGAAGAUAUAAGGGAUACAUGUUGAUUUUCUUUUUUAAAAUCGCAGUGUAUAUUUUUAAAAUUAAUACAUGCUUAAUGUAGAAAAUGCAGGAAAUCAUAAACUAUGCAAAGAGAAUAAACAUUACUAAUCCCACCAGUUAUAAUUCUUUUAAAAUAAUAUUUUCCAACAAAUAUUUGAAUGCCUAUUCUGUGCUGUGUACCAUUCUAGAUAUUUGGGAUAGAAAAGUGAAUUAUAGAAGUUCUUGUUCUCAGAAAUCUAGUCUAGAUUAUAAUUUCAGUAUGAUUACUCUAUUUUGAUAACAUAUUUAGAUGACAAAAGCAUAGAGUUGUGACAAGGCAAAAUAAAAAUUUAUUAGAAGUUACGAGUAAAGAAUAGUUUCAAGCAAACAUAAAUUUUAGCCUUUUCAUGACUGCAGGUCCUAAGAUAACUGAAUACAUAUAUGUCUUCUUUUCCCACUGGGUGUUUAUUGAAUGCCUGUUAUGUGCCUGGCACUGUUCUACAUGGUGAGACUAUAGCAAUGAGCAAGACAGGUGUGAUCUCUGUUCUCAUGGAGUUUACAUGCUGUGGGGCAGGAAGAGAAACAACAGCAAAUAGUGUAUGUGUUCAGAUGGAUACUUCAUGAAAAACAAGCCUGAGAAAAACACACCUUGACUUUAGUCAGAUACAUCAUUGUCUGUUAAAGGAAACCAAGCCUGAAGUGGAAGUCUAACACAUGAGGAUACAGAAUUGAUUCAAAAUGGGAACAACAAGUGAUGAGAUGGUGUCUGUGGAACAGACCUCCUCCUCUUCUCUAAACCCCUUGUGUUUUGAAUGUGGCCAACAGCACUGGACAAGAGAAAACCAUUUGUACAAUUACCAGAAUGAAGUGGAUGAUGAUCUAGUCUGCCAUAUUUGCCUUCAGCCUCUGCUGCAGCCACUAGACACACCCUGUGGACAUACAUUCUGCUACAAGUGCCUCAGAAACUUUUUACAAGAGAAAGAUUUCUGUCCGUUGGACCGGAAAAGACUUCAUUUUAAGUUGUGCAAGAAGUCUAGUAUUCUAGUUCAUAAACUCCUAGACAAAUUAUUAGUUUUAUGUCCAUUUUCUUCAGUGUGCAAAGAUGUAAUGCAACGCUGUGAUCUGGAGGCACAUCUCAAAAACAGAUGUCCUGGAGCUUCUCAUCGGAGAGUUGCCCUGGAGAGAAGGAAAACUAGUAGAACUCAAGCAGAUAUUGAGAAUGAAAAUGGGCCCACUCUACUAGAUCCUGCAGGUACCUUAUCUCCAGAAGCAGACUGUUUGGGGACAGGCGCAGUGCCUGUGGAGCGGCACUUGACAUCAGCAUCUCUUCCCACAUGGAGUGAGGAGCCUGGCCUUGACAACCCUGCCUUUGAGGAGAGCGCUGGAGCUGACACCACACAACAGCCACUUAGUUUACCAGAAGGAGAAAUCACCACGAUUGAAAUUCAUCGGUCCAAUCCUUACAUUCAGUUAGGAAUCAGCAUUGUGGGUGGCAACGAAACACCUUUGAUUAACAUUGUCAUCCAGGAGGUCUAUCGGGAUGGGGUCAUUGCCAGAGACGGGAGACUUCUUGCUGGAGACCAGAUUCUUCAGGUCAACAACUACAAUAUCAGCAAUGUGUCCCAUAACUAUGCCCGAGCUGUCCUUUCCCAGCCCUGCAACACACUGCAUCUUACUGUGCUUCGAGAGAGGCGCUUUGGCAACCGAGCACACAACCAUUCUGAUAGUAACUCUCCACGAGAAGAGAUUUUCCAAGUGGCUCUUCAUAAACGGGACUCUGGUGAACAGCUUGGCAUUAAAUUGGUGCGAAGGACAGAUGAGCCAGGGGUUUUUAUUCUUGACCUGUUGGAAGGGGGGUUGGCUGCCCAGGACGGCAGGCUAAGCAGCAAUGACCGAGUGCUGGCCAUCAAUGGGCACGACCUGAAGCAUGGAACUCCGGAGCUUGCUGCCCAGAUUAUUCAGGCCAGUGGAGAGAGAGUGAAUUUAACAAUUGCUAGACCAGGGAAACCCCAGCCUGGUAACACCAUUAGAGAAGCAGGAAAUCAUAGCAGCAGCAGCCAGCACCACACACCACCACCGUAUUAUAGCAGACCAAGCUCACAUAAGGAUCUUACUCAGUGUGUUACAUGCCAAGAAAAACACAUUACUGUAAAGAAGGAACCACAUGAAUCCCUUGGCAUGACCGUUGCUGGGGGCAGGGGAAGUAAGAGUGGUGAGCUGCCCAUCUUUGUGACCAGUGUGCCACCCCAUGGCUGCCUUGCACGAGAUGGCAGAAUAAAGAGAGGUGAUGUGUUGCUAAAUAUCAACGGCAUUGAUUUGACCAAUUUAAGUCACAGUGAGGCAGUUGCAAUGCUGAAAGCCAGUGCCGCGUCCCCUGCUGUUGCCCUUAAAGCACUUGAGGUCCAGAUUGUUGAGGAGGCGACUCAGAACGCGGAGGAGCAGCCGAGUACUUUCAGCGAAAAUGAGUAUGAUGCCAGUUGGUCCCCAUCAUGGGUCAUGUGGCUUGGGCUUCCCAGCACACUUCAUAGCUGCCACGAUAUAGUUUUACGAAGAAGUUACUUGGGAAGUUGGGGCUUUAGUAUCGUUGGUGGAUAUGAAGAAAACCACACCAAUCAGCCUUUUUUCAUUAAAACUAUUGUCUUGGGAACUCCAGCUUAUUAUGAUGGAAGAUUAAAGUGUGGCGACAUGAUUGUGGCCGUAAAUGGGCUGUCGACCGUGGGCAUGAGCCACUCUGCACUAGUUCCCAUGUUGAAGGAGCAGAGGAACAAAGUCACUCUGACCGUUAUUUGUUGGCCUGGCAGCCUUGUAUAGAUUUUGGAAAUUGGUUUCAAAUCUUGCAUCUUCCUUUUUUAGAUUUUUGAAAGAAAACCCUUUGGUUUCAUUGUGUUUGUGGUUUAGGAGCUGCUGACACUGCUGGUAUACACAGGGCCAAAACCCACUAAGAUUGUCCGUUUAUGUUUAUUUAAAUGGUUUCCUAAGUUAGUUACAUUUCUUUUAGCUGGGAAACAGUCUUCCACUAACCUUUGUGAGUUUAUAUUUUCAGAAUUCAGACUUAGUUGUUAAAAUGUUACCUAUGGUAAUGAGCAAAGCUCACCCAAACUGUGCCCCAGCUGGAGUAAAGACCUUCUGGUGGGUCUUUGUUUUCAGUAACUGAAUCAUAGAACGAGUUCUGUAUCCCUCAGGCCUGAUGUCAGCGAAGCCAGUAACAACAGCGUGUACUGCCACUGUCAUAACCAAUACCAUGAAUGAAUAUACUUUAAAUUUUGGUGAUAACUGUUCCCCAUUUUUUUUUUUUUUUUUUUUUUUUUUUUUUUUUUUUUGAGCCAGAGUCUCACUCUGUCACCCAGGCUGGAGUGCAGUGGCACAGUCUCAGCUCACUGCAAGCUCCACCUCCUGGGUUCACGCCAUUCUCCCACCUCAGCCUCCCGAGUAGCUGGGACUACAGGCGUGCGCCACCAUGCCCAGCUAAUUUUUUGUACUUUUAGUAGAGACGGGGUUUCACCGUGUUAGCCAGGAUGGUCUCAAUCUCCUGACCUUGUGAUCUGCCCGCCUCAGCCUCCCAAAGUGCUGGGAUUACAGGUGUGAGCCGCCGCACCCGGCCGUUCCCAUUUUUUAUUGGUGCCAACAUUUCAAAACUUCAUACUGUUUAUAAACUGAUUUUCUGGUUUAUUUCUACUGUAAUCUCUCAAUAUUCAUAGAAGAUGAAGAAAUAAGUCUGACAACACUAAAGAAAUUUCUUAAUAUACUAUUAUUAGAAUAGUAGAGGAUAAAAGAUAAUGUUAUCCAGUUACAAAGGAAUUUGGAUGAUAAUUAUAACUUAAUGUUAGAGAUGGUAAAGCUGCACUUACUUGAACAGCCCAAAAGCAUUAAAAAUCUAUUUCCAGAGGAAUGUUUUGCUAUGUAGGGAAAUUUUGAAGUAGUUUUUGCUAAAAAAUUAUUUCUAGAGUUGUGUUAUUCUUAGCAGUAAUCUUGGCUAGAAAUGUUUUUGUGAUUUAUGCGAUUAAACGAAAUGAUAAAGAUAAAACCAUAUUAUUAAAUACAUAUAUAUCACAGCUAAGUAGGAGAAAGGGAGACCUUUUUAUUUUGUUCAGGUAGGAGUAUUUCUUGUGUAUUUUAGAAACAAUUAUUUUUCCCAUUAUUUCUUAUGACAUUAGUUGUUUCAAGUAGGAGACAGAAAAGUUCUGUUUUGUUGGAAAUGUAGGUUUUAGAUGUAUCUUUCAGUCAGCUCUCAGUCACUAGACUAUUUCAUAUUUUUUGAAAUGUUUUUGAAAAUUAUGACUAGCCCAUUUUUUGUCCUUUAUUCAACAUACUUAUCCUCUGAACACAUAAAUAAGUGAAUAAGAUAAAAAUAUCUUUACCUUAAUAUUAUACAUACUUGAAAAAAAUUUCAUUUAGAAACCUAGUUCAGAAUCUGAGCUAAUUUACAAGUGACCUCUGUAAUAAAUGGUAUUGAUAAUCAGAGAAUGUAUUUCAGAAUACUACAGUACAAUAUAUUAUGAAGCAUGACCACUUUAUUUUGAAACUUAGCAAUUGUAUUGCUGGGGUUUAUUGUAUCUGUAGCAUGUCACUGAUUAUUUCAGUUAGUUUUAUAAUGAUUUUUUAAAAACAUAUCUAUUUGGAAUAAGAUACAGCAACAAUCAUUGCUACUGACUUGUUCAACCCCUUAGUUACACUGUAUGAUCAACAUAUAACAAGAUACAGUGGAAUGGCCCAUACAGUAUAUUACUGUUGUGUGAUGAUUGGCUUUGGAAGCAAUUUGAUUUUGAAAUGCCUUGAUAUUCUGAUUGACAUGGAACAAGUUUUUUCCCUGCUCCCCAAAUAGAAUUUUGUAACCAACUUUGCUAUUUUUUUAAAGUUUGUAAGAAUGUGUCAUUUCUUGGGGAGUAGCCAUCCAUCAACAAAUAUCCUGACUGCUACUUUGUUAUAUACAAAAUACUUACAUUGAACCUGGUGGCAUAAUGAGUAUUUUGAAAGAAGAAAUUUUUUCACUCUCAUUUUUAUAGAAAUCUUGGAGUCAGCUUAAGCUGUAGCUUUUAUGACAAAAGACAGUCAUUUUUGGUUAGAGUGAUAUUUGGUGAUGGAAACUUGUUCAUAAUUUAUUGUUACUAUAGAACUAUUUGGAUUUUCUCAUUUUUAGUUCUGAUAGUUAAAUAUUUUGGUUUGUUCUGUGCCUUCAGUUUAAAUUAUUUCAGGAUUUUUCAGAUGUUUAAAUAAUGGUGUGAAUCAUUCAGGAUGGAAAUAAAAGUCAUCCUUUCUGUAA